AUUUUUUCCACCCCAUCAUGAAAACUAUCAAUUAUUAAACUGCCCCGUGUCUGUCAGAGCUCAGGGACUAACAGAGGGUAUUUACAUCUUGAGCCAUUGUCUCUCUCUGCCCCUGUCUCUCUUUGCUCACUUCUUCUCCUGAAUCAUUUUCCAAGUAGAUCCUCUUUGAUACUUCCCUGUGCAUGCAGUUUUCUCAUAAAGAGUCCCUGGCUGAACUGGGAAGGCUGGCUCUUUAUUAUUUGCCCAAGGCUGAGUAUUUCAAUUCUCAAAAAACUAUCUUCAGUCUCACUGCAAAGCACCAAAAUACUAAAACUCACUUCAGAAUAAAUAGAAAAUUUGUUGCAAAUCCCCUUGGUACUUCAGGUUAAAAUCCAGCUGUGAUUUGAGGUUUAAAGUUUAGGUAAAUUCUGCUUUGUCAUUCUUCUGAGCAUCUUGGUGCAUGAUGCACUCAGCUGUGUCCAGCACCAGGCAUAGCUAUAUCUUAUUUUUAUUUAUCUGCUUCUUCUGACCACAAAAACAAGCCUGGCCAAGAGAAAGGAGGCCAACAUCCCUAGCAAGGGCUGGAUCAAGAUGACUGCAAUAAACCAACCUAACAAAGUUAAUGCAAAUAAGAUUUGCAGAGUCUGUUACACUGAGUACCUUAGGGAGUGAUUCAAGCUGAGAUGGAACUUUCUGGGAAUGUGCACUGGGCUGAACCAGAACCAGUUAUCCUUGGACCCCCCUUGAGCCUGAAAAGUUAAUUUCUAACUUCUGCUAUUUCUUCUAUUCUAGUGAAAGCUUUUGCUUUGAAACUUGAGUCACACUAUGGUCCCUGUUUUUAUUACUAAGCAAGAAAUUUAUGAGUCUUGGAUAUAAAGAUGAGAUGGAAGUGUAACCAAAUGCAUUACAAAGACUCAAAAAUAUAAAUAUGAAAUAAAUCAAUGCUUUCUAUUUUUUUUUUUUAAGUUACAAGCCCGGUUCCAUCAGCUUGUGAAGAAAUGCCUUCAUUUGAGGUGAAAUAUAGGUCAUGAUUUCUGAGUCCCUGGGCUUGGCAGCAUCAUUUUUGGCCUGCAGCUGAAAAUGGAGCUGGCCCUGUGCACUUUGGGAAUCCAUUACCCCUGUCAGAACCACACAGGGUAUUAUAGCAACUGCCCAAAGCAAAACACAACCAAACCAAAACACUUCCAGAUACUGUGGUCACUAUAUCCAUCUGCCUAUCUAUUUAGAAACUAGUUUGCUGAGGUUCUCCACGCAUUCUGGAGGCAAUAAUUUGCCAUUCCUGUUUAUUUUUGCAGGUGUCCUUGAACCAUGUUUAAAAAAAGCAAAACAGCACGGGGCUGAGAAGGGGAGAACUUGUUUGCUGCACUCAGUGAAACACUUGAACACAAUGUGAUGAAGCUUCAUCCACUGCCACUCUGUGAGCCCAUGAAGUGACUGCAGGUCACUCCUGCUCAGGACAGCACCACAAAGAAAGAAGCCCAGAGAUCAGACUGAGCCAAUUUCUACAACUAGGGCUGUACAUGCUCUAUCAGGACACAAAAUGCUUCAGGGUUUCUCCCUCCAUCAGCUUCAUUCCAGAGCCACCUGCCAAGCCAGGAGAGCAGGCAGGGAGCUGCUGAGAGCUCUGACACCUUUCCUGCCCUGCCCCUGUUUCUCCAUCACCCCCUGCACAGGAGCAGCCCCGAUGGGAAGUGCAGGCUGUGGCAGUGAUGGAGAGGAGCUGAUUGCAGCCCUCCCUUGGAACUGCAAGCCCUGGGACUGCUCAGGGCACUCUGAGCUCAGAAGGAAAUGCACUUUGGGGAGUGGAGUGCACCACCAGAAGGAUGGGAAGGAGCCACACGACAAAGGGCUUCAUGCUUCUCCUGCCAUUCAUCUUUUCCUGCUGGAUGCAGAGAAUGUGAGUUAUCUACGGGUUCACUGCCAUAAAUAUGGCACUUCCCAACACCUACAUGGCAAAUCCAUUAGAAGCUGGAACAGCUGCAGCCUGACUGCUCUACCUGGUGGGAAACAGCCACGAAAAAGAAGAACUUUCCCCAUUCAGGAUUAAGAAAAGGCGAUGGAAAGAGACGCACCUCCCUCAGCUGCUUUCCUGUCUCCAGGACAAGAUGUAUUGGUGUUCUCUGAAAGGACCAGUGGAAGCUGCCAUAAAUCCAUUUUCUGUUCACAUUAAUGAGUGCUAGCCCUUAUUCUCUCUCGGUGGUGCUAUGAUUGCAGCCUGGACUGCCGUGGGGACCCCGCUGUAAUUCAUCACUGCCUCAGCCUUCAAACCCUCUGGUGGAACCAGAUAUUGGUGCCGACAACAUCUGGGGAUGGAAGAACAAUUACCAGUAUUUUAAAAGGAUGUGUUUUCGGUUUUGGCCACUGAUCCUUCAAAAUAGAAUGCAGAACCUUUCCAAGUUGCUGUCCGAGAGGACAAUUGUAUCGUUGUCUCGCUGGAAGCAUCAGACGUGGUGAGCUCCUCCUCUGUGUAUGUCGUGAAGAUAGCUGGAGAAUCCAAGAACUACUUUUUCCAGUUUGAUGAAUUCAACAGCACUUUACCUGCCCCCGUGGUUUUUAGUGCCAAAUACCAUGGCCUGUAUUACAUAGUGACUCUGUUGGUGGUCAACUCAAACAUGGUGUCCAAGUCAGCGAGGUCAAUCACUGUGUUAACCAAACCACUGCCUGUGAGCAAUGUUUCUAUCUAUGAUUACAAACCAUCCCCAGAAACAGGAGUGCUGUUUGAAAUUCAGUACCCGGAGAAGUACAAUGUUUUUACCAGGGUAAAUAUAAGCUACUGGGAAGGAAAAGACUACAGAACAAUGCUGUACAAAGAUUUCUUUAAAGGUAAAACAGUUUUCAAUCACUGGCUGCCAGGCAUAUGCUACAGCAACAUCACAUUCCAGUUGGUGUCAGAAGCAACCUUCAACAAGAGCACGCUGGUGGAGUACAGCGGGGUCCAGCACGAGCCCAAGCAGCACAGAACAGUUCCUUACCCACCCCGAAACAUUUCUGUCCAGAUCAUCCCCAUCAACAGGAACAACUGGGAGGAGCACAGCGGCAACUUCGCCGAGGAAUCCUUCAUGGGGCCGCCGGAAAUCCUGAGGAAGGAGAAAUCCAGCCAUGGCCCUGGCAUCCCCACGGCAAUCCCAGCAGCAAACACCUCAGCAGCCUGGCUGGGCGAGCCCUCCAACAGCAGCGAGGACGGGCCCAGCCCGGUGCCGCCGUGGUGGUCCGGCGAGGCCGCGUCCUCCGAGGGCGAGGAGGAGUUUGUCAGCGCGGCUUCCAGCGCCUUCGGAGCCAGCGGAGCCUCUGGCACAGCCUCAGCAGAGCCCCCUCCCUUCCUCCCCGUGCAGAUGGUGCUCACCUGGCUGCCCCCAAAGCCCCCCACGGCCUUCGACGGCUUCCACAUCAAUAUCGAACGGGAAGAGAACUCCACAGAAUUUUUGACUGUCAGUGAGGACACUCACAAAUUUGUUGCUGAACUGAAAGAACCAGGAAAAUAUAAGUUGUCUGUAACAACAUUUAGCUCCUCUGGCUCCUGUCAAGUUCGAGGAAGUCAAUCAGCAAAAACACUUAGUUUUUACAUCAGCCCCACAGGUGAGUGGAUAGAGGAGCUGACAGAGAAGCCCCAGCACGUGGCGGUGACAGUGCUGAGCUCCACCACUGCCCUGACCUCCUGGACAGCCUCCCACGACAGCAGUGCCAACAGCACCAUCGUGUCUGUGCUGUCCCUCACCUGCCAGAAGCAGAAGGAAAGCCAGAGGCUGGAAAAGCACUACUGCACCGAGGUGAAUUCAAGCAGCAGCCUCAUUGAAAAUCUUGUUCCUGGUGCCCAGUACCAGGUUGUGGUUUACCUACGGAAAGGACCCUUGGUUGGACCUCCUUCUGAUCCCGUCACAUUUUCCAUCGUGCCCACUGGAAUAAAGGAUCUGACCCUUUACCCUUUGGGACCUACUGCUGUGGUUCUGAGCUGGAACAGACCUUUCCUUGGGGUGUUCAGGAAAUACGUGGUAGAAAUGUUCUACUUCAACCCCUCGACGAUGACCUCGGAGUGGACAACCUACUACGAGAUAGCAGCCACAGUCUCCCUGACUGCCUCUGUGAGAAUAGCCAACCUGCUGCCUGCUUGGUACUACAAUUUCAGGGUCACCAUGGUCACCUGGGGGGACCCAGAGCUGAGCUGCUGUGACAGCUCCACCAUCAGCUUCAUAACAGCGCCUGUGGCUCCCAAAAUUACCUCUGUGGAAUAUUACAACCACCUUUUGUACGUCACCUGGACCUAUGGAGGGGAUGGCCCUGACCUCUCUCAUUCCAGGAUGCUGCACUGGAUGGUCAUUGCAGAAGGAAAGAAAAAAAUCAAGAAGAGUGUGACACGCAACGUGAUGACUGCAGUGCUGAGCUUGCCUCCAGGGGACAUCUACAACCUCUCAGUGACUGCCUGCACGGAAAGAGGCAGCAACACUUCCAUGCCCCAGCUUGUGAAAUUGGAGCCAGCCCCUCCAAAAUCACUGUUUGCUGUCAACAAGACUCAGACCUCCGUGACUCUGCUGUGGGUGGAAGAAGGAGUAGCUGAUUUCUUUGAAGUCUACUGCCAGCAGGCUGGAUCUGGCCAGGAAACAAAAGUCCAGGAACCUGUCACCGUGUCCUCACACGUGGUGACCAUCUCCAGCCUGACCCCUGCCACGUCCUACAACUGCAGCGUGACCACCUUCAGCCACGACAGCCCCAGCAUCCCCACCUUCAUCACCGUCUCCACCAUGGUCAGGGAGAUGAACCCCAACGUCGUGGUCAUCUCUGUGCUGGCCAUCCUGAGCAUCCUCCUGAUCGGGCUGCUGCUGGUCACCCUCGUUGUGCUCAGGAGAAAACACCUACAAAUGGCCAGGGAGUGCGGGGCUGGGACCUUUGUGAAUUUUGCAUCCCUAGAGAGAGAUGGGAAGCUCCCCUAUAACUGGCGUAGAAGUGUAUUUGCUUUCCUAACUCUGCUACCCUCAUGCCUUUGGACUGAUUAUCUUUUGGCAUUUUAUGUUAAUCCUUGGAGUAAAAAUGGGUUAAAGAAGAGAAAGCUGACCAACCCUGUCCAGUUGGACGAUUUUGAUGGAUACAUCAAGGAUAUGGCCAAAGACUCAGAUUAUAAAUUUUCUCUGCAAUUUGAGGAGCUCAAACUGAUUGGGCUGGACAUUCCCCACUUUGCUGCUGAUCUCCCCAUGAACCGCUGCAAAAACCGCUACACAAACAUCCUGCCCUAUGAUUUUAGUCGUGUGCGGUUGGUCUCCAUGAAUGAAGAAGAGGGAUCUGACUACAUCAAUGCCAACUACAUCCCUGGUUACAAUUCACCCCAGGAAUACAUUGCAACCCAAGGACCACUGCCAGAAACCAGGAAUGAUUUUUGGAAGAUGGUUCUCCAGCAAAAAUCACAAAUUAUUGUUAUGCUCACUCAGUGCAAUGAGAAAAGACGGGUGAAAUGUGACCACUACUGGCCUUUCACAGAGGACCCUGUUGCCUAUGGGGACAUCACGGUGGAGAUGCUGAGCGAGGAGGAGCACACGGACUGGGUGUACCGCAGCUUCCGCAUCAGCUACGCUGACGAGGUGCAGGACGUGAUGCAUUUUAACUUCACUGCCUGGCCAGACCACGGCGUCCCCACCACCAACGCUGCCGAGAGCAUCCUCCAGUUCGUGCAGAUGGUCAGGCAGAAAUCUGCAAAGACUAAAGGCCCCAUGGUCAUACACUGCAGCGCCGGCGUGGGACGGACGGGGACGUUCAUCGCCCUGGACCGGCUCCUGCAGCACAUCCGUGACCACGAGUUCGUGGAUAUCCUGGGGCUGGUGUCGGACAUGAGGUCCUACAGAAUGUCCAUGGUGCAGACAGAGGAACAGUACAUUUUUAUUCACCAGUGCGUGCAGCUGAUGUGGCAAAAGAAGAAGCAGCAGUUCUGCAUCAGUGAUGUCAUAUAUGAGAACGUCAGCAAGUCCUAGUUCAGAGCCACAGGUGGUGAGACCAUGAAGCACACCCAUCUUCCCUUGCUUCUGAUUUAUUUUCUGUUGAUGGUUUGGAGGGCAGGUGUUGUGCCACCAGAGAUCACUGCUUUGCAGUGCACGGACAAUGAGGGGAAGAAACUUUUACCUUUCUGAAGCACUGGGGAGACAAAGCCUUAACGAGCCUGUGGUGUCUUUUGAACUGUUUCAUUUCUGGACAUUUUUUUUAAAAUACUGGACCAAAUUCAGCUAAACAACAUGAAGGAAAAGACACUAUAUGUGCAUAAGAUAGAUUGCUCCAGAGUGUUGGGGUUUUGUUUGGUACUUUUGGUUAAUUUCUUUCAUAAUUUUUUUUUCAUUUCUCUGUGCAGGUUGGGCUUAAGGUUAAAGUAAGUGCAAUAUUUUUUUAAUGGUUGACUGAAGAGCUUUCUUCAUGUGUCACUGGUCUGUCCCUAGGAGAGCAGGCAUUGUUAGUAUCUAAUAAUACCUCAUUAGUGAAUAGCGAGGCAUGAACAUACAUGAAGAACUCUGGAGAUGGUGACAAGGGGCUGGGAGGGCAGGGGGGGUUGCUGGGUCCGUGGAUUUGACUGUUUCCUUACAGCACUGAUGUUCGUGGGGCCUGGGGGGAGCACAAGACCCGAGGAACGGACUGACAAACAGAAUUCCCAGCUCUGGAGCCCCAGGCUGGAACAGGCAGCUGAGACAAGGCCUGGGUUUGCUUCUUGGCUGGGCUGCCACUAAUUAAACAGAGGGGUUGCUCUUUUUGCCGACCUUUUUUCAGUAAUGCCACUGAUCAGGCUCUUGUUCUGGAUGGAUCUAAUCACAGGGCAGCCGAGCUUCAAGCUGGGAUAUCUUAGCAUAUUUACUACAGCAUUUAACUGUCUGAGCAGUCUAUGGUGCCUAUACCCCUCACUCAUUCAUUAUUUUUUGUAAUUAUUAACCCUGUGUAACAAAUGCAAAGCUGGUUCAGGUUGGAGGGGUGGAAAGAAAAAAAAAAAAACCACACAAAAAGUGCUUUAAUAGAUUUAACUAUUUUUUUCCUGAACCAGGAAUUGACAAUGUUAAGAAUACGAGGUUUUGGCAUGUGAAGGGCUGGUUAUCAAUUUGUUGCUGCAAGGCUGCCAAAGUGUCAGUAUGGAUUCCUGCAGGGCCUUUGGGGGCAGGGCGGGGGGCUCUUUUAUUUUUCGCUGUCCGUUUCAGUUCUAGUCAAAAUAAUUAGCUCUCUCUAUAUUAUUUCUUUUGGUCUUUGUAUAAUUCCGGUACAUCAUUGUGUAUUGUGACAUAGAUGCUGUCAAGGAUGGAUGUUUGAUGGCAUUUUUGUAACCUGUUGCUUUGUGUCACCUCAUUGGAAGUUAGCAGCAAUGGUACUCAAUGUAAACAAAGCAGACUUGAGCUGGAAGUAAACACACUGGAUUGCUUACGUGUGGAGAGAGGAGUCACUGUCAGCACAACACAAACACCCCUGCACACGCCUUUUAUUCCCCUCACCCCAGGCAGGGUGCUGGGCACGAGCUCAGCUGCUCUCAGGAGCCUGACAGGCUCCUUCUGCUGAUAUUCCUGUUUCUUUUUCCUUCCAGAGUUAUUCCACUGGCAGGUAAGUAGGACUGGAUCUAUCUGGUAACUCUUUCAUCAUGGUGUUGGUUACAGUGGAAAACUUCCUUCCACCUGCCCCAUGUGUGUCAUGCACAACUGCAUAGACUGAAGAUAAUUCCCAGCUAAAGCAGGUCCUUGUGAGGGGUGCUGAGCAAACAGGACCCUGCCUCUGUUACUAAAUGGGUGUGAUAAGCAUUUCCCCCUUCUCUUUCCAGGCAUCUCACACUGCUUGCACUAAUCCCAGUCCGAGAGCAGGGAUGCUGUUUCUCCGAGCACAAGGUGGAUGCAAAAGGGAAGAGCUCUGUCUCAGGGAGCCAGCUGGUAACAAAAAAGGAUCCAAUGGUGCCACAUUCCUCCCUCCUUUCACUGGUGUGCCUCAGCUGCAGGGCUGCCAUUCCAGCAGGGACAGCAAAGAGUUGUCUGGCCUAAACUGCACAGAAAGCAGAAUUAUAAAAGAGCACUUGACUAUUUAGACCUUGCCUCCCCUCCAUGCUUUUUAAAAAAUGUAUUUCUGAGUUUUAUUACAUGUUUACUCAGAAAAUGUGUCCGUGUCCCUCCAGAGAACUGGCUGGGGGAAGAAAAAAAAGAACCCACAAAUGUUCUUUCUCAUCUACUGUCUCCUCCCUCCUGCUGGCCAUUGCCCAUUGAGCCUGUAUUUAUUCUGUAUCACAGACCAGAGUAAGCAGGUUACUUCUUAAUUAUUCAUCGUGCCCACAAAAUGUCACAGUGCGAGCUGGCUGUGACAGAAGCUGGGCUGAACGUGACAGGCUACAAAACUGCUGCAAAGAUGCCAGAAUCAGGACACUGCCUGAGCAGCCUGAAUUUACUAGACAGUUUUUGAAUGCGUGUCAAAAAUCAUUCCACGUGCACAGCAGCACAUGUGUGUUUUUCCUUUAACAGCUGCUUAAUUACAAUGAAAACUCCAUCAGAACAGUAGCUUUUCCUACCCCACACAGUGUGCAAAAUUGUGUAAGUGGACAUGUGGAAUGGGAAUGGAAACCAAAUGGAAACCUCCUCUCCCAGCAUUCAAGACAUGAGUAAAGCAAUAAAUGAGUCUGAGGAUAUUCUGGUUCAGCAGACUCAUGCAGAGCCUUUUAGCCUGAAUUGCCAUGACAUAAUUUCAGCUUUACCUCAUCAUACCUUCAGUGUAAGUCCAGAAGAACAAAGUUUUGGACUUGUGCUUCAUGUUAAUAUUGUUUCCAGCAUCUGUCAAAAUAAAACUCUCAAGUCAUCACAGCUGUAAAGCUGUCAGGAGCUUCAGGUUUGGUAAGAGAUUUUUUGAAUUAUGGGCUUCAUGUCUAUAGCUCUGCUGGCACUACUGAUGUUAAAAGGUUUGUUCUUUGGAAGCACAGAGCUGCUGAGUGAGCACAGGCUGCUGAAACGCCCUCCACCCAGUUAAAAAGGCAGACUGAUGGCAGCAAAACAGUAAAUUCCUCCCUCUUAUCAAAUGUCUAAUAAGGCACUGAUUUUGGCAUUUAAAAAACUGCUUUGUUUCCUUCUCAAAGACAUAUCCCUCUAAAAUAGCAGUAUUGAAAAAAUGAGCCUCACUGCUCCAAUCCUAGAGAAAACAUUUUGAAUGAAACACUGCAUUUUACUACUGUUUCCAUUUAAACCGUGGCAUAUUUUGAAGAAAACUUUUUUUUAUUUGGGGAACCCCAAAUGAGAUCUCCUUUUGAUUUCUUACCACUGCCAACAAAAUGAAAAUUCAAAAACUGCACAGCAGCAUAAGGGUGAAGCUCCCUGCAGUGCUUUAAACCACCGAGGAAAUUGCAGCAAACAGGGAAAUAUUUGUCUCAACACCAUUCAGAUUUCACAGACUGUAACACAGAAAUCGUAAUGGUCAAUUCAAAGUUUACCCUGUAAAUACAACCCAAUGAGUGCCUGGCUAUUAAUUCAUUUAGAAACUGUGAAAAAAGGACACAAACCAAGCAAUCAAGCCCCAAGAUGAUUCUGCUUAUCCUGCAGUGUGUGGAAGGGGUUUCCUCUUUGCCCCUCAAAUAUCUCCCAAGAAGCCUCUGAGCACACUGAGCACAUUCAGAGUUGUCUGGAACUUUCUAAACAUCAGCUGCACAGAAAUCCAGCUUAAAAAAAAAACAAACCCAAAAAGUGGUGAAGCCACCUUUUUUCUCUCAGAGGUGAAAUUUGGGUUCUCCAUUUAACACCUCAGAGUGCCAAACUUCACAAAGUCUGGCACAUCCCAAAGGUGCUGCCUCCUUCUGAGCAAAAGCAAAUGCUGAAAUAAAAACCAGCAGAGAGAAUGAAUAUUGGCAUCCUGUUUUGGUAAUUAUCAGGGGAGUAGAGGUGCAGGUUACUACUACAAUGCAUUUUAUGGAAUCAGAGAUAUUUAUCUAUAUUUCUAUUUAUAUUAUUUCUAUUUCUAUUCAUCUCAUUUAUACAAUUUUUAAAAAAUUUAAUAUUUAUCUCAACCUUCCCAUGAGAGAAAAGACAGGGACUCUAAGUUUUAAAAAGAAGUUUCAAAUACCUUUUUAAAGAUUCCUCCUCCUGCACUUAAGGAUUUCUCCCUCCUUGACCCAUUUCUG